AUGCCGACUUACGUUCAGCUCCACGAGUUUCUCAAGUCCAAAGUCAGGGCUUGGGAGAACAUGGAACCCGCUUCGGAACCCAAAAAGCAAUCUGAAGGUCAUAAAUCCGGAGGCUCACGCAGUAAUAAACCUCAGAAGACAACAUCCUCUUACACCGCUACUCAAUACAAAGGAAAGCCCAGGAGAAAUUGCCCGCUGUGCCCUGAGGAACAUUACAUGUUGUUCUGUCCAAUCUUUAAGGCCGCUACUUUGGAGGAACGAAUCGACAUAGUCGAAAAAUACCGCCUGUGCUACAAUUGCUUGGGCCCGCAUCGCGUCGCUGAUUGUAAGACCGCUCAAGGAUGCAGGAAGUGCAGUCAACGUCAUCAUACUUCCAUCCAUCGAGAUACACCGCCUAAAUCUGCACCACAGACACUUGCAGACAACGCACAAGAUCCGCUUUCCGCUCAAGUAUUGCUAGCUACCGCCUUAGUCCAGGUACGCCCGCAUCAUGGUAAUCCAAUCACCGCCAGAGUGUUGAUUGAUCAAGGUUCAGAGCUCUCAUUUAUGAGACAGUCGCUCUUCAAGAAGCUUGGACAACCGCUACAGCGUGACAUGGUCAUGCUCAAGGGCAUUGGCAAUGUCUCCGCAGGAAGCUCACUAGGUGUGAGCACAAUUGAGCUUCGUUCGCUGUGUACGACCGCAUCAAUGCAUGUCAGCAUGCAUAUUCUACCAACACUGACGGUAGAUCUUCCAUCGUUCGUGAUCGCUGAUCCGAAAUGGCCGCAUCUUGAGAAUCUCAAGCUCGCUGACCCGCAGUAUCUACAGCCACGCCCUGUAGAUAUUAUUCUAGGUGCAUCACCAGCCGCACAGAUCAUGAACGCAGAGAUUCAACGAGGACCUCGCAAUGCUCCUAUUGCACAAUCCACCACGCUUGGUUGGAUUGUCUAUGGAGCUGUCACCGCUAAACAUCACACGCUUCAACAUCACACGCAGCACUACAUGCAAGUUCCAUCAGGAAAUUCACCGCUCAACACCGCUGAAGAAGACGAAUGUGAAAUUCACUUUCGUCAAACGCAUUAUCGACAGCCUGAUGGACGCUACGUAGUGAGAUUACCGCUUAAGGCCCUUGAAAGUCAACUUGGCGACUCUAUCAAUGCAGCUAUGGGGUCACUCCGCAGAUUAAUAACUCGCUUGUCGCGAGAAAGAGAAUAUUCUGACAUAUAUCGUGCAUUCAUGGCAGAAUACAUUCAACUAGGACACAUGGUACGAGUACCAGUCAACGAAUUGCCCGCAAACGCUUACUUCUUGCCUCACCAUGGGGUAUUGAAGCUUGAUAGUGCCACUACGAAGCUCCGCACAGUGUUCAAUGGUUCCUGUGCAACAUCUACAGGAAUUUCAUUGAACGACAUUCUCCACGCAGGACCCAAAACGCAAAUUGACAUUUUUGAUGUGAUGUUGAGAAUCCGUUGCAGCAGGAUUCUAUUCGCUACUGACAUCACCAAGAUGUUCAGACAGAUUGAGGUCGACUCGCUUGAUUGGCCGCUUCAGUGCAUUCUCUGGAUAGAUGAGAAUGACUUAAUAGACGCUUACUGUCUCAAGACAGUCACAUACGGAACCGCUAGUGCACCUUUUGACGCAGUACGUGUGCUUAUCCAACUAGUAAAGGAUGAAGGACACCGCUUUCCGCUAGCUGUUGCUCCAAUGUUGAAAACACGCUACGUAGAUGACAUCUACGGUGGAGCAGACAACGAAGAAGACGCUAUCAAGGCUGCAGUACAAACAAAAGCUCUGUGUGCAGCAGGCUGCUUCCCGCUUACCAAAUGGGCUAGUAAUAGCCCACGGUUACUCGCUGAAGUCGCUCCAGAAAAGCAGCUGGAUACACCGCUUAAAGAAAUCAGUGAUGCACCAGUAAAAGUCCUGGGCAUGUACUGGAAUUCACGCACUGACGCUCUCCAGUUCAAGUACACGCUACCGCCAGAGACGCCCAAGACAAAAAAAGCUAUUUUGUCUGAAAUCGCAAAGCUGUAUGACCCGCUAGGACUUCUCACACCAAUAGUCGUCAAAGCCAAGAUCUUUAUGCAAGAUCUUCGGCUAGAUAGAGUGUCAUGGGAUGAACAAUUGUCACCAUCACUCAUUCACAAAUGGACUGGAUACCGCGAGGAUCUUCGAAACAUCGAAUCCAUCCGCAUUCCACGCUGGAAUAAUAUAGCACCUGGAGCAACUAUGGAAUUGCACGGGUUCUCAGACGCUUCGCAAAACGCUAUGGCUGCCGCUGUUUAUUUGAGAGUCACUGACGCUGAGGGGAACACAAAGGUCUCACUUCUGUGUUCAAAAACGCAAGUAGCACCGCUGAAGACCAUGACAAUCCCACGCUUGGAAUUAUCUGCCGCAUGGUUGCUAACACAACUGAUACUUCAUGUUAAAGAAGUUCAGUCGCUUGAAAAUGUCAGGAUCAAUCUCUGGACUGACUCCGCCGUGACUCUCGCAUGGAUUAAAAGUCCAGCAAUCCGCUGGAAGACAUUCGUCCGCAAUAGAGUGGGAAAAAUCCAAGAAACGCUUCGAGAUGUCUCCUGGAAAUUUAUUCCAGGAAAACAAAACCCCGCUGACUGUGCUUCAAGAGGUAUACCUACGCUAAAACUGAAACAACACGCUCUCUGGUGGCAUGGACCAACUUGGCUUCAUGAACCAGAAUCCUCUUGGCCCACUCUGGAGCCUCCAACCGACAACGCAACGCAUCGAGAAGAACGCCAAGGUCUGACACUAGUAACUUGGAAAGCAGAAAAUUGCCUGCUCCAACAAUUACUGUCGCAUUACACGCAGCUGUUUCCACUGCUACGGAAGCUUAGCAUUUGGCAUCGUGCCAUCGACUGCUUUAAAAGAGUUCCACAAUCUUCGCUGGCCUACCCGCUUACUCCAUCAGACCUGGAGCGCGCUAAAUUGACCUUGAUUAAGUUCACUCAAGGACAAUACUUCGCUAGAGAGAUUCACACGCUACAAGAUGGUGAUGGUCUGCCUAAAAAUAACAGCAUCACUAAGCUGACUCCGUUCAUUGACCAUCAGGGGGUCCUGAGAGUCGGUGGCCGCUUGAAAAACGCAUUGCUGGACCCAGAAGAGAGGCAUCCAGCGAUUCUACCGCGACAAUCACCGCUUACAUCAAUCUUGAUUGAUGAUUCGCACCGCAAAACGCUUCACGGAGGUACUCAGCUUACGCUCGCUGACUUACGCAAGAGUGUCUGGAUCAUUGGAGGCCGUGUUUCAGUCAGAUCAUUUAUUUUACGCUGCGUUAUCUGCACGAGACAUCGUGGAGAACGCGCUCAACAGUUGAUGGGUCAACUACCCGCUGCACGAGUAAAUCCAAUUCGAGCCUUCUUGCAUACAGGACUCGACUACGCUGGACCUAUCACGCUGAAAACGUUUCAAGGACGUGGAGCAAAAACAUACAAAGGCUGGAUUGCAGUCUUUGUAUGCAUGUUCAGUUCAGCUGUACAUUUAGAGCUAGUAACUGACUACACCGCUGCCGCUUUCAUCGCCGCUUAUCGCCGCUUCACUAGUCGCCGAGGUAUCUGCCACACGCUAUAUUCAGACUGUGGAACCAAUUUUGUAGGAGCAGAUAAAGAGCUGAAACGACUAUUCGCUGCAGGAUCCCGCACAUUACGAGAAUUAUCAACCUUGAUCGCUCAAGAUGGCACGAACUGGAAAUUCAAUCCGCCUGGAGCUCCACAUUUUGGAGGAAAAUGGGAAGCCGCUGUGAAAUCUAUCAAAUUUCACCUUCGAAGAACAGUCGGAGACUCGCUGUUGACGCUUGAGCAAUAUUCAACGCUACUGGCUCAAAUUGAAGCCAUAUUGAAUUCCAGACCACUCACACCGCUGAAUGAAGAUCCUGCUGACCUGGCUGUACUGACUCCAGGUCACUUCUUAAUCGGACAGUCACUGACCGCUAUCCCAGAGCCAUCGCUGACAGAUUUACAACCUGCUCGGCUCUCGCACUGGGAACAAGUCCAGCAAAUGGUUCAAUAUUUCUGGAAACGCUACUACCAGGACUGCAUCCACCGCUACCAGGCCAUUUCAAAGUGGCAUCAUCGACGCAACGAGAUCAAGGUGGGUUCAGUUGUACUGAUCACCACUGAGGAUCUCCCGCCAACCAAGUGGCCAUUAGCCAAAGUAAUUGCUGUUUAUCCAGGUGAAGAUGGACAAAUCCGCGUAGUAACUGUUAAGACAGUUAACACAGAGCUGGUACGUCCAAUUACAAAGCUCUGUGUCCUGCCGCUAACGCAUGAAGAAGAUGAUCUUGUCGACGCAGCCGCCAACCCGGGGGAGAAUGUUCGGUGA